AUUAACCUAACACUAACCCUUUUCAUUAACUCAACCCUAGCACUCCUACUUAUUACCAUUGCCCUAUGACUCCCCCAGACAUAUAUCUACGCAGAAAAAUCAAGUCCAUACGAAUGUGGAUUUGACCCAGUAGGAUCUGCCCGCCUACCCUUCUCCAUAAAAUUUUUCCUAGUGGCCAUCACGUUCCUGCUAUUCGACCUAGAAAUUACUCUCCUACUCCCACUCCCAUGAGCCACUCAAAUAGAUAACCUCACACUAAUACUUAUCAUUGCACUUAUCUUAAUCAUUACACUAGCACUAAGCCUAGCCUACGAAUGAUCUCAAAAGGGCCUUGAAUGAGCCGAAU